AUGGCGCACACGAAACGCACUUGCGCAGUGCGCUGGUGCAGGCGCGUGUCGCCUGUCCGACUUUGGGAUUUUGUCAAGGCCGUGCGCCGCGAUGUGGGCUUCGAGUUCACCGUCAUGAUGCUCAGCACGUACGUCGGUCUGAAGGGGUUUCUCUACAUCUUGACGACGGACUCGCUCCUGCCCUACAUGAAAGACCUCGGCUACGAUGGCCUCGUGUACCAACGCACCAUCACGCUCGCCUACGUCCCGUGGGGCAUGAAAGGUCUCGUCGGCUUGCUCUCUGACGCGCUCCCAGUCGGCGGCUACCACAAGCGGUUUUACAUGCUCUUCACGAGUCUGUCGGGAGUCGCCAGUCUGAUUUGUCUUCUCUUCCUCUCGAGCGAAACGGCUCGUAACGCAGCCUGGGUCAUCGGCGUCCUUUUUUUCUGCGUCCAGUUCCAGAUCGCCACGGUGGACUUGAUGUGCGAGGGUAUGUACAGCCAGGUGAUGAGCCAGAAGCCUCACGUCGGGGCGAACCUCGUCACAUUUGUGAACGGAUGCACGACUGUCGGCGCGUUUGUCGGCCGGCUCGUCGUCGGCCCGGUCAGCGACCGUUUCGGCGCUCGGCCGCUGUUUAUCCUCGCCCUUCCGAUCGCCCUCCAGUCCCUGCUGCCGAUCAGUCUGAACUAUCUCAUGGAGGAGCGGGUGAGUCCCGGAUGCGGAGUGCUGACGGAGAAGGUGAGGGACCAGAAAAAUGUCUUCUUCAUGGCUUUUGCAGUCGCCGUCGGCGCCUCGGGCGUCGCCGCACUCACACUCAUUGGCGGCAGCGGCAUGACGUACAUCUUGCCUUACUGCGGCGUUGUGUCCGUUCUCCUGAUUGCUCUCUGUGCCCUGUGUCUGCCGGUGCAACUCGCCAAGUGCAACGUCUUCUUCUUCCUCGACAAAAUUGUCCACAUCUCCAUCUCGGGAGCGCUCGACUUUUUCUACACGGCCGCGCCUGCAUGCGUCCCCAACGGCCCCCACUUCGACUACACCUACUACUCGACGUACACCGCAGUCGCGGGGACACUGGCGACGUGGCUGGGCCUCGUUCUCUUCCAAGUCGCCCUUUCCUCCUGGACCUACCGCAGCAUUUUCUGGCUGACGAGUGCCGUGCGGAUUCUCGCGUCCCUCUUCGACUACGUGAUGACCACGCGACUGAAUGUGCGCAUCGGAAUCCCCGACAAACUCAUGUAUCUCCUCGGCGACGCAAUCAUCCUCAGCCUCGUCGGCACGCUUUCGCACAUGCCCGGCGUGAUCCUCACAUCGCGUCUCUGCCCGCCGCGCCUCGAAAGCACCGUCUACGCGAUCCUCGCGGGAAUCAGCAACUUCGGCCACAGUGUCUCGACACUGCUCGGGAUCCGAGCGAUCAAGGCGGCCAACAUCACCACGACCGCCACCGAGGGCCAAGCCUGCAACUUCGAAAACCUCCCCGCCCUCAUCCUCGUCGCGCACUGCGUCCUGCCCAUGGUAUCCAUCCCCAUGGCGUUGUAUCUCCUCCCAGGCACGCCGAUGGACGAGCCGCUCGAAGGGGAGGCAGCCGACUGCAUGCGCCGAAGAGACAAAGAGGGCGAGGCGGACGGAGACGACGCUGACACCAGCGACGAAGAGACGUUCGCCGGGAAGGGCGAGAGGCGGACGCGCCGCAGGAAGAUGGAAAGGCCGGGCGGGAGAGCACCGAAGUUCGAGGCGGAACUCGUUCGCAUGCAACCAGACGCAAAAGCCCAGAAGACGACUCUGGCGGGCUGUGUUCACCACGCCGUCCCCACGGAAGACGAGGCGUUCGAUGCAGAGUACGGCGAGUUGGAUGUGGAUCGGAGCGAACGAACGUUCGCGCCACACAGAGAACUCGUAGACGAGGUGGAGAUGGCCGAGGCGUCGACGCUCCGAAUGUUUCCCGUUCUCGGAGAAGAUCGGGAGGGAAGCGACUUGCCGCAAACCAUGGGCGUCCCCGUUUUCUUUACCUUCACUCCUCGGGGAAGUGGCAGGCGCCGAGAGGCCGACGACGACCGGCGGCAAGGACCAGCCAGGACAGUGGAGCGGAGAGUGAGGAAGCCCCACGAGAGAGGAAGCACGCGAGUGCGGCGAGGCGACAAGGGCCAACGCGCGGGAAUCUGCUACUCUCUCUGUUCGUCUGACCAGGUUUCCCUGUCAGAAUCGCGGGAGUUCUCUUCGGGUUCUUCUCCGGAGGCGUCGGAAGGCGAGACAGAGCGGGAACGCACCGACGGAGAGCCCGAAGAACGCGGCGGUCCGCCGUCAGAAAAGCGGCGAGACGUCGCGAGCGAGGGGAUACUUGGACACCACUCUGUCGCCGUGGCGCACGGGCGAGCCCCGCCGUCUUCUCAGUAUCUGUCCUCGUCUUUCUGCGAAGAGCAGAGACAGACAAAGUCUGGGCGGCGGAAGCGCUCGGACGACGGAGAUCAGCCUUCCUCUUCGUCCUCAGCGGGCGAUGACGGAGGGGAGAUCGCCUUCGUUUCCGACUCUGACAGCCGCGGGUCCGAAGCCGUGGUCUCUGGAGAGGUGUUGCGCGUCGCGAUGGAGGAUGCAGAGACGACGGCGACUCUCGCUGUGGACGCCGCCGAAGUGCGGCACGGACGACGGAAAGCGGGCAGAGGAAAUCUUGCCUCGGACUCGCAGGUGCCUGUCGCUCCCGCGACUCUCGUCUCGCCUCCCUCUUCGGGUUGGAUGUUUUCGCGCGAGAGAGACUCUCCGGGUCCCUUUUCUUUUGCUCAGCCCGCAAACCCUCCACCGCCUCUUUCUACGCUUCCAACUCUUCUCUUGCCGUUCCCUUCCUCCCUCGCGUCUGAGCCGUCUUCUCCCGCCGCAGCUGGUCUUCGUGGAUCGGGAAGCGGUCAGCCGGAAGACGAGGAUUUGUCGGGCCUUGUGGGCAGUCCGCGGCGGCCGUCGCCAGGCCCCGCCUCUUGGCGUCUUCCCGCGUCGUCCGUUGUCCCUGCCUCUCUCGCUGGAUCCGGUCCCGCGCACUCCGUAUUUGGCGAGGGAAGGGCCACAGUCUCCGUGGAGCUGCCGCAAGGCCCCGGCAGAGGAACGUUUGUGGAAGAGACGUGCCCCCAGAUGGACAGUUUCUCCGACCUGAGAGAGGAGCGGCGAAGGGAAAGCCUUGAGGAGCGCGCAGCGCCGUCGAGAGAAGAAAGUGGACUGUAUCCCUCAGCUCGCGGGAGAGAAGACAGCUGA